AUGGACAUUUACCAAGAUAGCAAAUUUCUUUCCCUAGAGAAGGUGCUAGAUGAUGAAAGUGCGGAUGCAAUCGGCCUACCUUUCUUGUUUCUGAAGGCCAUCACAAAUGAUUUCUCUGAGUCAAUCGGUGCUGGAGGGUUUGGAGAGGUUUACAAGGGAACCAUUCGAAAUGGAAUGAUUGCAGUGAAGAAGCUUUAUGAUCAGUCAGAGAUUCUAGAGGAGAAUUUCCAAAGUGAGGUUGGUUGUCACGUAGAGGUCAAGCACAAAAACAUAGUACGGUUUCUAGGGUACUGUUCUGAGACCCAACAUGUAAUGGCAUCGUACAAAGGAAAAAAUGUGUGGGCAGAUGUGCGCCAAAGACUGCUUUGCUUUGAAUACCUAAGUAAAGGGAGCCUUGCCAAAUAUCUCAACGAUCCAUCUUCUGAAUGUCAGUGGACGGUGCGCUACCAAAUAAUUAAGGGAAUUUGUGAGGGCCUGGGUUAUCUUCACCAGCACAAUAUUAUUCACAUGGAUCUCAAACCUCAAAAUAUACUACUGGGUGAUAGCAUGGUGCCCAAAAUUGCAGACUUUGGUCUUUCAAGGCGCUUCAGUGAAAACCAAAGCAGGACUAUUACUGAAAAAAUAGUUGGGACGCUGCGAUAUUUGGCACCAGAACUUUUAAGCCACAGAACAAUAACAUUCAAGACAGACAUCUAUAGUCUAGGUGUUGUAAUCAUAGAGAUUUUGAUGGGACGUAAUGAAUGCGCCAACGUUGACAUGGUGCUCGAAUUUUGGGCGAACACGUCUGUGACAACAGAGAUCCUUCCACUACUCGAACAAGUAAAAGUAUGUGCUGAGAUAGGAAUAAGUUGCAAGGACAACAACCCAAGGAAGAGGCCGGCUAUACAAGAUAUUAUCCGUAGGCUUGAUGAAAUGGAUAUUCCAAACUCCUCUGUUAGAAGUGUCGCAGGUACUUCAUCAGGAGGGCAGUUAGUGGAUGAUAUGAUGAUGUCCAUGACUAUUUCAUCUGCACUAUCCCAACGAGAACAAUCAGCAUUUGGUACCUUCUACCAGCAUCAUGGACUGGCCAAAAUAGCAUUCAAGCCAAUGCUAAUUAGUGCAUCCUUGACGCCAGAAGAGACAACCCCUAACGUAAGAUAG